CGGAACGCUUUCGCGCGGACGCGAAGCGCGGGGGGCGGAGUGUGGGGACCGCGGUGACCCCCGGCCAUGGCGUUCCUGCCUGCCGAGGCGCGCGCGCUGCCGCCGCCCCCGCUGCUCAACAAGGGCUCGGCCUGGCUCGGGCUGGUCGGGUGGGUGGCAGCGCUGCUGGACAACGGCUACAAGCGCCGCCCCGUCCUCAGAGCCGGUGUUCACCGCCAGGUCCUGCUCACUACUGUGGGAUGGUUUGUUGGCUACUUCCUUACUAAGCGCACGGAAUAUAUCCAUGCCAAACUGGACAGAGAGUUGUUUGAGUACGUCAGGCAGCACCCGGAAGACUUUAAGAAAGCAGAAAAGAAAAGAAUGGGAGAGCUUUUGGAGAAUUUCUACCCUGUUCGCUAAGGAUUUCUCCAGUGGCGACACAUCACAGGAUUAACUAAUCCCAUACCAAGAAUUUGGGCGAGGUCUGGCAUUAACAGCUCAACUCUUCAUGUCUUAGAAAAUCAACCAUCACUCGCUUUCGUGUAAUAAAGGCUAUGAUUAAAUA